UACUAGCUGCGCUGGUUAUUAAACCCUCACCAGUAUCAGUCCUAUCAGUCUUGAGUUAUCUCGCACCACGAACAGUUGGCUAUCCCGCAGCAGCUGCCUACUGAGUAUUCUACCAACCUCAACAAAAACCAAAUCAACCGAAGAUGUUCAAGUCGCACCUGGAAAUGAUCGGAAGCUACGAGCCCAUCAGCAAGAAGGCUCGCUUCUUCAACACCUACCUUAAGUCGCUCAAGGGCUCCCAGGACAUCAUGGCCAAGGAGAAGCGCAGCUACAGCUCGUCCUUCGAAUCGCAGAGCAUCUACAGUGACUCGAAAUUCGCCUGCGAAAGAGUCAAGUCGCCCGGCUACCACUACAACCCGGUCAGCAAGGACACCUAUGGCGUUACGCCGAGAAAGAUCAAUGCACGCGACUUCACCCGCUAAACAUCGUGUAGCAAUAAUAUCUUUUUGUCUUAAUGUGUCCCUAAGUUCUUGAACACCACAGAAGAAGAGAAAAAACAACACCUAACCUACACAUACACACACACAUACACAUCUACCACUGUAAUGAUAUAGAUUUUAGCCUUCGAAAUGACAGAGAAAAGACAACUCAUAAGGCAGUAACACUACAGACAUGCAACACCGGUACAGACACCGCCAAAAGGAAAAAGGAAAACGCGAAAUCGCUAGAUGAUAAUUAGUGAGCAUGCAGGGUUUUGUAGGCAGCUCCUCUUGAGCCAACACAGCAGGCGGGCCAGCUCCUAUUUCCUGCCGCGCCGGACAUGACGCAAAACGUGACCCAGGCCCGUCAAAGUGCAGGCCACGGAAGGUAGAGCGUGAUGGUCCACAUAGACAAACACAACCACUUCGGCGAUAACGGUCAGUGCUGUGACGGGGGUGCGAUUCUAUUUAUGUUUCUCGAGAAAGUUGCAGAAUUACGACGGGAGAGAAAACAAAGAAACGGCUCACAUACAUACACACAUACAUGCACACAAACUCUAACGCACUUGGACGGACGAACGGCAAACACACACUUCUUACGAACGCGAUCAACUCAAGUGUAUAUUGCAAGAACAUUGGUUUAGAGAUGAAAUUUCGACGAUGACAACUGCACGGACUAACUAUUUGCUUGCGAAACAACAGCAACGCCAAUGAUAACCAGCCGUGAGCGACGGUUUCCUCUCGAUCGAACACCACCGUCGAUCCCGAUCGAUCAUCUGAACAUGCGAUGCACCGAAACUCCACCGACAGCGACGAGCUUCGGGGCAAUUUUCCGAGCCACUUAAAAUGGAUGCGCACCGUACGAUCAUGUGUGGAGUGUGGACGAGGCCGGCAGGAGAUCAACCCGAAAACGUGGCCAGCUACAGAGAUAACUGACAGAGACAGACACCAGUGCCGACGAACCAGAGCGGAGCGCUACUAUCACCGAAACUGAUUGAUUCAUUCGACCAGCGGACGGAUGCUGGGUAAUGUUUGCGCGAGACCACCCCACCCCGCUAGGCAACACCCCACAACAAGACACUAUAUUUUUCUUUUCAUUUACCAUUAUGUGUAAAAUAUUUUUCUUUUAUUCGUAAAGUCAAGGCUGUAUAAGUUAUGAGAGCGAAAUGAAUGAAACAAACCAAAAAAAAAGUAAUAAAAUUCUCGAAACGAA